CAUGUUUUUCAUGAGGACUGCCUCAAAGAUUCAGUUAGCUCAAAUGUCCAAGCACUUUAUGGUACAAAAUGCCAAUCAGCUUGUAGUAGAAAAGAUACAAGUUCAAUCUGAAUUGAAAAAUAAAAAGAAGCUAGAAAAUGGUAAUGAACUGGAAAAUGGCAAUGAACUGGAAAAUAGCAAUGAACUGGCAAAUGGCAAUGAACUGGAAAAUGGUAAUGAACUUCAAAUAAGAACUCCAAUGGACUUUGAACAAAAUGAAAUAACUGAUAUAGAAUCCUCUGAAAUUGAAAAUUCAACUGACACCUGUUCAAAUAAACAACAAUUUGAUAAUCAAGAGCUUGAGCUUUCAUUUGAUUUUUCACAUGAAAGUUCGAUAGAUGCUGAAGAAUCAUCUGAUGACAAAUAUGAGCCAAAGAAUCUCACAAAUUCUAUCAAUGUUUCUGAUGAAAGUUCUUUUGAGGUGACACCCAGUCAAUCAACAAAACAGUCAGAAAAGCAAGGCUUUGAAAUUAUCAAAGAAGGAUCAAGAAGAGGCAAAGAUCUAUUGACAAAAAAUGGCUUUACUUUUGCAGUGAAGAAGAAAUCUGACAGACAAACAACUUGGUGCUGUAAAAAAGGGCAACAUUCACAUCCAAAAACAAGUGCCAAUGAAGUUGAAGCACAAAUGAGAAAAGUUGUAAAAGCAGAGAUUCAACAAAAUUUCAAUAACUCAGGAAAAAAAAUUGCAGAGAUUACUCUUUUGAAAUGUUUACAUCAAAGUAAGAAACUUCCACUUAUUGAAAGCAUGAGAAGAACAGCAGACAGAUACAAAGGAAAAUUGAGACCUAGCAAUCCAGCUGAUCUUUCAUUUACUUUGAACAAUGAUUUUGUUCCUGAAAAUUUUUUAAUAAAGGAUAUUAAAAAGGAUGAUGCAAGAUAUAUCAUUUUUGAACCAUUUCAACAGCUUUUCACAGUUCAUGCUUUCAUAAAGAAAAAUGGAAAUUAUAAGCAAGUUCCUCUAGUUUAUGCUUUUAUGAGCCAAAGAAAGAAAAAAUCUUAUAAAGCUGUUUUCAAGGUGUUAGCUGAUGUUUUAGAUGGUCAUCAAUCAAAAAAAAUAGUAGUUGACUUUGAGGCAGCCUUAUGGAAGGCCAUUGAAGAAAUGUUUCCAACAACAACAAUUCAAGGAUGUGUUUAUCAUUUUAAAAAUGCAGUUUUUGAGAAAAUACAAGUAUUCAUUCAUCUUGGAUAUGUAAAAGAUUAUAAAGAAAAAAAUUAUGGAGAGAAAAAGAUAUGUAGGAUACAGAAAGUGAAAUACAUGGAAUUGCAAGGUAAAAUAUGUUUAGUUUGGGAAGAAUUUGCAAAUGCCAAUAAAACAGCUGAUGAUGUAUUAAGAGAAAUUUCCAAAUUCUUUCUGGAAGGGGGUCAACUGUCCGGGGGUCAACUGUCUGGAUGGGGGUCAACUGUCCAGGGGUCAACUGUCCUUUACCCUUCACUCAGUAUGGGUACAGAAAUACCGAAAUUUUUUCUCUACACUGAUCAUCAAAAUCUAGUACAAACUUAUGUAAAAAGCAAACUAAAUUCAAAUUGGGUAUCAAGAAAUGGAGAGACUGAUAAAGUAAUUGAUUUUAGAAAUUUACUCAGAGACAGAGUAAAUGGAGAAAAACAGAAUGGCAAUACAGCUCCCAAAUUAGCUGAGAGAAAAGAUAUGCUUAAAUGCUUUGACAUUGACAAUGAAGACCUAGAAGAAUUAGAUGAUUGUCUGGAUGACAAUUUAGAUGAUGAUGAUGAAGACAGAAAUGAAAACAGAUUACAGGUUAUGAAAUUAAAAAAUAAACCUGUUGAGAUAAAUUUCUAUAAAGAACAAAAUGGAAAUGUAUCAAUAACGAAAGCAAACAUCACUGUCAGAAUGCUUCCUUCAGUACAAUUCUGUCAAGGACAACAGGUAUACCAAUCAUUUGAUUUGGCUAAUGAACCAGUUUGCACAUUUGAAACAAAACAAAUGACUAAAAUAAUGGCAAAUAUCUAUGAAAUUAAAGCUGAUAAAUUAGCAAUAUAA